CUCGAAUCUGUCCCACACCUUGGUUAAUGGCCUAUAGGAGUAUAGGGUCGACCUGUUUUCAUGUGAAUACUAGGAAAAGGAAAACCACAACACCAAGAACAGAUCCCUAAUUUCGUAGUCACGCAUUGCAUUUGCAGGCCCGUUAUCCAUUUUACAAUAUCAAACUUGAACGAGACGCAUUCGCAAUUCUUCGUGUCUUAACUUUGAGGUUUAAUUUUCAGAAGUGAAAAGGAGGAUAAGGAGAAGAAGAAGCUGAUGGGGGUCGAUUACUACAAGAUAUUGCAGGUGGAUAAGAAUGCAAAAGAUGAAGAGCUGAAAAGAGCUUACAGGAAAUUGGCUAUGAAGUGGCACCCUGACAAGAACCCCAGCAACAAGAAAGAUGCCGAGGCUAAAUUCAAACAGAUCUCUGAAGCUUAUGAUGUUUUAAGUGAUCCACAGAAGAGGGCAGUGUAUGAUCAAUACGGUGAAGAAGGACUUAAAGGUCAAGUACCACCACCACAAGAGGCUGGGGGACGUGGUGGAACCACAUUCUUCCAUUCAGGGGAUGGGCCAAAUAUGUUUAGAUUCAACCCCAGAAAUCCAAAUGAUAUUUUUGCUGAAUUUUUUGGCGGUGGAAGUCCAUUUGGUGGGAUGGGUGGAGGUGGGAGUGGGAUGCGAGGAGGCACUUCAAGAUUCCCCACUUCGCUAUUUGGGGAUGAUAUGUUUAGUUCAUUCGGGGAGAGCCGUUCAGUGAGUUCGGCGGGCCCACGGAAAGCAUUGCCGAUUGAAAGGAAAUUGCCUUGUAGCUUGGAAGAGCUCUACAAGGGAACCACCAAGAAGAUGAAAAUCUCAAGGGAGAUUGCUGAUGCAAGUGGGUCAAACAUGCAGGUAGAAGAAAUAUUAACCAUAACCAUCAAACCUGGUUGGAAGAAGGGAACAAAAAUCACAUUCCCAGGAAAAGGGAACGAAGAGCCAAAUGUGAUUCCCGCAGAUCUUGUCUUCAUAAUCGAUGAGAAACCACACAGUAGAUUCACAAGAGAAGGGAAUGAUCUUGUUGUGGUAGAGAGAGUGUCACUUGUUGAGGCAUUAACAGGUUAUACAGUCCAUUUGACGACACUUGAUGGAAGAAACUUGACAGUGCCUGUAAACACUAUCAUAAACCCGAAUUAUGAAGAAGUGGUCCCAAAUGAAGGGAUGCCAAUACCUAAAGAUCCGUCAAAGCGAGGGAACUUGAGGAUAAAGUUUACCAUCCAAUUUCCUGCAAGGUUGACCGCAGAGCAGAAGGCUGGGAUCAACAAAUUGCUUGCUUAAAUUCUUCCUUGCUUUCAAGUGAUUUUGCAAUCUUUAAGGAUAUAAUCUACGGAGUGUCUUAUACGGAGUAUAUGAUAUGAUGCACAUUACUAAGAAUUCACGAGCUCAAGUUGUCUAGUCUAUUACUAUUAUAAAGUCUAUGUUUCUCAUAUGGUGUGAUCAGCCUCUUAUAGCCCCCUCAUAACAAAUGUGAAUCAAUUAUGUGUUUUCCUCAACACAUUGCUAGAGUUGCUGAACACCCUACUGCCCCUACAUGAUGUUAGCACAAUGCUACCAGUAUUUGAAGCAGAUGUAAAAAUUGGCAUUCUUCAUAG